AUGAAGCUCAGUGCCAGGUGCAUCUCCAAUCUCCUCGAAUAUCAGGCCGGUCCUAACACACGUCUCACAACCAUUAACAUGCAGCUUACCAACGCCAAACUCAUCCUACUCGCUGCUGCCAUUAGCGGCGCCGUUGCUGUCCCCCUUCACACCGAGCCUUCGAACGUCGAAGCUCGUGAACCUCGCGCACCUCCCCGCCCCGUCGUCCACGCCGAGACCCACAACUCCGCACACGGCAAGCGCGAAUUCGACGACGACCUCGAGAUCCGUACACCCUUCGGAAUCAUCAGAGGCGCAGCCCGCGCCUUCCGCCAUCUCGCGUCAGGUGGACUCCAGGGCCGCGAGUUCGACGAAUUGGAAGAACGCGACCCGCACGGGGGCUUCGGAAGAGGACUCGGUCGGGCUGCGCGUGCUUUUGGACAUGCCGCGGUGGGCGCGUUCACUGGUCGGGAUUUGGAAGAUGUCGACAGCUUGGAGGCACGCGAGCCUCGGGGCAGUGGUAACCACGGUCACCCCACCGGCAAGCGUGACCUGGAACGCUUAUUGGAGCGCGAGCCUCGUGGUAGUGGUAGCCACGGCCAUCCCACUGGAAAGCGUGAGUUAGAGGCACGCGAGCCUCGCGGCAGUGGUAACCACGGCCAUCCCACCGGCAAACGUGACCUGGAGGGCUUAUGGGAGCGCGAGCCCCGUGGAAGUGGUAGCCACGGUCAUCCCACCGGAAAACGUGAGUUAGAGGCACGCGAGCCCCGUGGUAGCGGAACUCACGGCCACCCCACUGGCAAGCGGGAGUUGGAGGGUCGCGAACCUCGCGGCAGUGGUAACCACGGCCAUCCCACCGGCAAACGGGAGUUGGAAGAGUUCUGGGGACGUGAACCUCGUGGAAGUGGCAACCAUGGUCAUCCCAAGCGCGAGUACGACGAUUUGGAGGAUUUUUGGGCUCGUGAAGAAUUUGGAGGCUUUGACGAACUUGAUUAA